AUGAGGACCCUCGUUCUCCUCGCUGCCCUUCUCCUUUUGGCUCUCAAGGCCCAGGCUCGGACCCUCGAAGAGACAGCUGAUCAGUUUCCCACUCAGGACCAGCCAGAGGCCAAGGACCUGGGAAAACUAUGGGCCGAGGACCAGGACCAGGCUGGGGACAGUGAUCAGGAUGUGGCCAUCUCCUUCACAGGAGAGGAACGCCCUGCUCGAGCUGCAGGACCUCCCAAAAUAACCAUAAAGAGGGUCUGCCAUUGCCGACGCAAGUGCCGAUUUUCCAUCUUCCCAAAGUUUUCUGAGCGUUUAUCUGGGGUGUGUAACAUCUUUGGUGUUCUAAGCAAGCUCUGCUGUCGCUGA